GGCCAGAAUCCACUCUGAGAAUUAGAAUAGAGGAACCAACAACAAUUGAGACCCGCCCAGGACAGACUGCCAGGUUCAUUUGUGUUGCUGUCCAGUACAACAGUGCUGCCAACUAUGUGCUGUCGUGGACUAAAGAGGGAGGAAUCAUGCCUUCAAAAGCUAUUGAUCAGAAUGGUGUUCUGAUAAUCCCUAACUUGACAGAGAGUGACUUGGGUAGAUACAUUUGUACUGGCUCAGAACCGGGCGGUGUUGACAAGGCAACAGCUACGAUCACAUUUGGAGAAGUUGAAGAGCCACCAACAGUUCGUAUAGAACCAAGGUAUCUUCAAGUGUCUGAAGGGGAAAGAGUAGAGUUCCAGUGUAUUGCACAAGGUAGCCCAAGGCCAACUGUUACCUGGACCAAAGGUCGAGAUGGCCCCUUGCCAGAGUAUGUUUAUACUGAUGAAACUGGCCUCUUUAGGAUUGAUUCGGUCAGCAGAGAUGACCAGUCUGAAUAUCAUUGCACAGCUACAAAUUCUGAGGGCAGUGCAUCUGUCAGAACCAUUAUUUAUGUCCAGAGAGUGUCUCGUGUUGAAGUGGUUACUCGCAGGACCAACAUAACUGCCGUUGUGGGCCAAAGUGAGCAGCUUAUCUGUUAUGUGGAGGGUGGAAAUGGUGUCACACUUGUCUGGUCCAGGGAUGGAGGCUUGCCCAUUGGUACAUCUCAAGAAAAUGGUAUAUUAACUCUGACAAAUAUCCAGCCAUCAUUUGCUGGUCUCUAUACUUGCACCGGCAGCACUCCUGGGGGAAUCAUUGGACAAGCUAGCUCAAGUAUCACUGUCACUGGCACAUCAUACACACCACCGACAGUUAGAAUUGAGCCAGCUGUACAAACUGUUGGUUCAGGCACGACUGGAAGUUUACGCUGUUUGGCUACUGGAGACCCCCAGCCAAGCAUCACCUGGUCCAGAGCAAGCGGGCCGCUCUCUUCCAACCACCAAGUAAGUGGGGAAUUUUUGAGAAUCCUCCAAGCAACAAUGGAUGACCGAGGUGUUUAUAUAUGUACAGCUUCUAAUGUGGCAGGAACUACACAGGCCUCAGCUGUUGUGGAUAUUGAGCCUCGUGACCCUCCAGUAAUAGAACUAUACCCAGACAGUCAGCAGGUGCGACCUACUGGUUCCAGUGCUCUCUUUCAGUGCAGAGUUGUCGGAGGUAUUCCUGCUCCUGUUGUUACCUGGACCAGAGCUUCUGGUAGAGAAUUUACUAGCAGGACAGAGAUCAAGCCAGACAUGGGUGUCAUCAUGUUUACCUCUCUCACAGCCGCUGAGCAAGGAGAGUACCUGUGUUCAGCAACGAAUGAAGUUGGAACUGUCACAGCCACAGCCAGUCUUAGGGUGGAAGGUCCACCAACUAUUGAAAUCACUCCAGGUAAAUACAUAACAUCCAUUGCUGGAGAAAGAGUCAAUAUUGAGUGUGUCGGCAUUGGUGAUCCCACCCCCUCUGUCAUUUGGAGGUCUGAACAGAGAAGACGAUCAGAUGUCCUGCCAGAAGCAUAUGAUGCUGGUCCUGGCACUGCAAGACUUCUGUUCGAGUCCAUUCAGAAGGGAGAUGAAGGUCAAUACAUUUGUGUGGCCACUAAUGACAGAGGCAGGACAGAAGAGUCUGUGGAUAUUACUGUCAUUGAGCGAGAAACUAGUGGACCAGAAGGAGUAUCCAUCGGUGGACCUGAGCGUCUUAGCCUAGUGAUUGGGCUACCAAACCCCCUCUACCGCUGGAGACGGCCAGGAAACCAGCCGUUACCUCCUGGUCACAGUGUUAGGAAUGGAGUGUUGCGUUUCCAGUUGGUGGAGCCAGAGUAUGCCGGGGAGUACGUCUGUUCAGUGAUCAGUCAAACCACAGGAGCAGAUUUCACAGCUUCUGUGUAUAUUGUUGUUAAUGUUCUACCUAAACUGGUCAUCACACCAUCCCGAAUCACUGCCAGACCAGGCCAGCCAAUUCAACUACAAUGUCAGCCAGAUGGACAGGGUCCAUUUAAUGUUGAGUGGUCAAAACUAGAUGGACAACUAUCACCCCAAGCCCGGGAGAGCAAUGGUGUUUUGCAAAUUAGACAGGUAACCCGAGCAGAUGCUGGCAGGUACAGAUGUGUGGCUACAAAUGCUGCUGGUUCCAUUGAAGGAUUUGCUGAUAUUGUGGUCCUAGCUCCACCUGUAGCUUCUGUGACCCCAAAACAAAACGAGGCGUCCAUUGGUGGCACUGUCCAGAUCCAGUGUAAUGUCCAAGGAGAUCCAUCACCUACCAUAGAGUGGGAGAAAGAGCGGGGACCUCUGCCACUACAGCAUCAGAUCAGAAAUGGACUUUUGACAAUCUACAAUGCCCAGCCUAGUGACUCCGGCAGAUACAUAUGUAAGGCAGCCAGUGAAGCUGGCACAGUUACAGACUACAGUGUACUUGUGGUUCGUGACGUGGAACCUGACCCCGGUGUUCAAAGAGUUGGUGUUGGUGACCGAGUGGAGCUGGAGUGUGUGGUGACAGGUAGCACCACUCCCAGAGUGACAUGGACCAAGGCGGAAGGGCCUCUGCCCUGGAAUUCUAUCAUAGGAGAAGGCACACUCAUCAUUCCUGAAGUGAGACAAGAAGAUGCUGGCACCUAUCAAUGUACUGCAACCAAUGAAGCUGGCACCGUCAAGUCGGAAGUUCGACUUGAAGUUUCCAGUCGACCAGUAAUUCCGCCCCAACAAGAUUACGUCACUGCAGCAGUAGGUACACCAGCACAACUGAGGUGUGAUGCUUCAGGCUACCCUCGGCCAAGGAUUUCCUGGAUGAAGGAAGAUGGUGACCUUCCUUAUGAGCAUUCAGUGCUGGACAAUGGAGAGCUACAUAUACCCAGGGUAAAGCAGGAAGAUGCUGGUACCUACAGCUGCCUAGCAAGCAACGAGUAUGGAACCACUAGUUAUCCCGUUGUGCUGUUCAUUGGAGCAUUUGUUCCCUACUUCCAACAAAACCCGAUAUCCUACAUGAGUUUUCCCCCACUGAAAGAUGCCUAUCUUGAACUGGACAUUCUUGUAUCAUUUCGACCGGAGGCCACUGAUGGCUUAGUGUUCUACAAUGGUCAGUACGUCACUGGGGCUGGAGAUUUUGUCUGCUUUGGUCUACAGGAGCAGUACCCAGAUCUUUUUUCACAUUGUUUCAUUCUUUGUUUCAGAUUUGAUAUGGGCUCUGGAGCGGCCACAAUCAGGGGUGCACAACAACUGGAUUUAAACAAAUGGCACACUGUACAUCUGAGACGCAAUAGAAAGAAUGGCACCAUGGUGGUCAACGAUGAGCCUGUCUACCGGGGAGAGUCUGCAGGAGAUUUCCAGGGCCUGGACCUGGCAACGCCACUGUAUCUUGGCAAUGUGCCCAACACAACUACCAUACCUCCCAGUGCCAGAUUUACAGGAGGUUUUGUUGGGGGCAUUAGUGAAUUCAAAGUGAAAGGUGUUAACCUCAACCUUGGUGCCGAAGCCCAAGAGAUUGUAUCCGUUGAGCAGUAUAAGGUCUGUCAGGACAGUCCCUGUGAGAACGGAGGCUCAUGCAGACCGGAGAACAGCCGCUAUGGGUUUGCUUGUGACUGUCCUCAAGGAUUUGCUGGUCUUAAGUGUGAGCUGAUUGGGAAAAGAUGUUACCAAGGAGCAUGUGGACCUCAUGGAAGGUGCUUUAACUGGCCGGCAGUUUCUGGAUUCCACUGCAUAUGUCCUGUUGGCUACGCAGGGGAAGGCUGCCUUCAGCGUGUGCGAUUCAUAGAUCCAGCAUUCAACAAAACAUCUUUCAUUUCCUACCCGACGAUAAGUGAGGGGCUCCUGUCUGUACGAGUCCAGUUACUGUUUCAAGCAAAGUCUCUUGAUGAUGGUAUCAUUCUGUACAAUGCUCAGAGACAAGAUGGACGCCAGGACUUUAUUGCUAUUGUCAUCAAAGAUCGGCAUCUAGAAUUCAGAUUUGAUACUGGCUCUGGUCCAGCAGUAUUAAGAAGUCGCAAUCCUUUGAUAGUUAAUGACUGGACAGUUGUUGUAGCUGAGCGGAAGGGUAGGGAUGGAUCAUUGGUAGUAAAUGAGGAUGCCCCUGUCAAUGAACAAGUGGCACCCAAUGAUAGGUUCUUGUUCUCUCGCCUGGAGAGAGGGGAUGUGGUCAGAGGAACCACAGUUGGGGACAGGACAAUCGGCCUGAACCUGGAAAGGCCUCUAUAUGUAGGUGGCGUAGACCCACUGGAGAUCAUCAAUGCAAAUGCUGGGACUUUUGAUGGGUUUGUUGGAUGUGUUGGAGAGUUGACAAUAGGCAACGCCACCAUUAGAUUGUUUGAUGAUGCACUUGAGACUCUUAAUGUUGAAGACUGUGGGGAAAGGAGGCUGUGUGACAGACGGCCAUGUCUGAACAAUGCCCAGUGUGUGGACAUCUCACCGACAGAAUACAGAUGCUACUGUUCUUCUCAGUUUACAGGAACCAACUGUGAGACAGAGCUGAACAUCUGUGUCACUCGGCAGCCAUGUCAAAAUGGUGGCAAAUGUUCCGUUGUGGGAUCCGGCUACCAGUGUGACUGUCCCAUACCUUGGACAGGAAUCAACUGCGAGCUUCGCACAGCAGUGAGUACCAACAUCAGUGUGAAUGGAAACGGAUAUGUUGAGUUCAAUAAAGAUGUUUUUCCUCAUGCUCGCCGGCGGACGCCUGAGGUUAUCAGCUUCACCAUCACUACCACAUCUUCUGAUGGCUUAUUUUUCUGGCAAGGACAGCACCCAGGAGAGCAGAAAAGCAAAGAUUAUCUGGCCCUCGCUUUGAAAAAUGGCUUUGUGGAGUUUGGGUUUCAACUGGGCAGUGGACCUGCUUUGAUCCGCUCGUCUGAGACAGUUGAUGAUGGAUUUCCCCAUUUUGUUGUUGUUGAGAGAGAUCGCAGGAGUGGGAGUGUGAGUAUCGAUCGCAGAGCUCCAGUGAGAGGCAUGUCAGAGGGACCUCUGCAAACUUUGAAUGUCCCAGGAAAUGUCUUCUUUGGUGGAGUGCCAGAUUUAGACAGACACACAGCCAUGCUGUUUGAAGACAACUUUGUUGGGUGUCUAGCCAAUAUCAAACUACACAACAAACAGUUAGAUUUUAGUGCAGAUGCCAUCAGGGGAUUCAACGUGGAAUCCUGCCCUGCCUCCAAAUAG